AUGACUAGAGUUCUUCUUACAGGCGGCUCCGGCUUCAUCGCUGCUCAUAUCCUCGACAUCCUCCUUGAGCACGGCCACGAAGUCAUCACAACAGUCCGUUCCCAAGCCAAGGCAGAUAAGAUCAAAGCCGCGCACCCCAACACCCCCGAUUCCAAGCUCUCCUUCAAGAUUGUAGAGGAUAUUGCCCAAGAAGGCGCUUUUGACGAAGCUGUCAAGAUCGAUGGCCUGGAGGCAGUCAUCCACACCGCAUCCCCCUUCCACUUCAAUGUCACGGAUACCAAGAAGGACCUCCUAGACCCGGCCAUCAACGGCACAAAAGGCGUUCUCUCAGCCAUCAAGAAGAACGCACCAUCAGUAAAACGCGUCGUCAUUACCAGCAGCUUCGCCAGCAUCAUCAACGCCGCCAAAGGCAACAGCUGGACAGAACACACCUACACAGAAGCAGACUGGAACCCAAUCACGCUCUCGGAGGCCGUGCAGAACCCCAGCAACGGGUACCGGGCCUCCAAGACGUUCGCGGAGAAGGCCGCCUGGGAUUUCGUCGAAAAGGAAAAGCCGAACUUCACUCUCGCGACCAUGUGCCCGCCGCUGGUCCUAGGCCCCAUUGUGCACUACCUGAACGACCUGUCGGCGCUUAACACCUCGAACCAGCGCGUUCGCAAUCUGAUCACGGGCCAGAACAAGCAAGAGAUUCCUGACACGGGCACCUUCCUUUGGACAGAUGUGCGGGAUCUGGCGCUCGGCCACGUCAAGGCUAUGGAGCUGCCUGGGGCAGCGAACAAGCGUUUCUUCUUCACGGCGGGUUACUUUACGAACAAGGAGAUUUGCGAGAUCAUCCGCAAGAACUUCCCCGAGUACAAGGACCAGUUGCCGGGCGUCGAUGUGAAAGGGGGGGAUAGGCCGGCGGAGGGCCUGUACGGAUGGAGUAAUGAGAGGAGUGUGGAGGUGCUGGGAAUCAAGUUUCGGGGGUUGGAGGAGAGUAUUGUGGAUUUGGUGAAGAGUCUCAAGGAGGUUGGUCUUGAGAGUAUUAGUAGACCGAGAUUCGCUACAGGCCUGGAACAAUAUCAGAGUAUUGCUUUGGUUUCCUUGCUUGAGAUCGAGGAGGCUCGGUUGGUGUUCAACAAGGGGCAAAAUUUAAGCGAGGCGCCCGAUGUUGUCCCUGAUCUCUCUCUGAAACGUCGUCCCAAAAGCUUCAACCGCAACAAGGCGACCUCCUGGUGCAUCUCUGGCGGAUCAUUGGCUGAGCCAUCCCCCCAUCCAUCCCGCGAUGCUUGA